CAACAACGCGCGCGCGCAGUUCGAUUCCGAUCGAUGACGAGAAAGAAAAAGAAGGAAGAGGAGAUGUUUCGGAGGCUCUCUCUCUCUCUCUCUCUCGGAGGAAGUUCUCGGAAUCCGAUAUUAUAUACCUGAGCGCGAGGCCCGAAACGCAGCUCUCGUAUACUAACAAAUUGCGCGGGCCCUAACCGUUUUAACGAGGCUCUCAGCUCUCUCUCUCGUCCAGGUAAUGACGACGAGCCGGCUUCUUUUGCCGUCCGCGGGUGAGAAAAGCUUCUCGAGAUGGGUGAAGUGGAACGCGCGAGGUAUUCGGAAUAUAAAAUCCGAGCAGUCGCGACGCCACCUGGAAGAAAGCGGAGCCGUCUGUCCGGUGAAUGGGCUCGUUGUGAGGGCGGGCUCUGUUUGACUUGGCUAUUAACUCUUGGCCAGCGACGUUCUACCAGCAGCAUUGCGAGACAUUCUUUAUUGCUCCGGAAUAUUUUGAGGAAGGAGCGUGUUCGAGCUGCAGCGGCUGCGUUUACCAAAGAUUAGCGCCUAAUCUACGCGUAAACGAACGUUGCUUGUACCUCUGCAAAUCACAGUUUGGCGUUUAUUGCCAGCGGAAUGCAUUCCUCGGUGCUGCGUGCCUGGCUCAGUCGAGCUGACGCAAUGCUCAGUUUCGAGCAAAAUGCUACCUUGGAUCCUACCGCUCUUGUGGGUGACCUUCGUUGAGAUAGUCUGCCGUAGGGUCUACCUGAUCAGGAAGGACGACUCGUUAACGGAUUACGAACUCAGAGCCAUAAAAAAGAAGGUGCUAUCAAAGUACAAAUCGAGGGACGACGUGCUCUACGGCAAUGACCUUCGAUUCGGAAGAGACCGCGAGCUGGUAUGGUUCUACGGUGUCGUGCCGUUUCUCUUCGCCCAGGACUACCCUCCAGGCUCGGAGCAAACUCUGCGCGAGAUGAUGGAGAUGUUCAACAACAAAACCUGCAUCCGCUUCCGCGACUACGAGGAGAAGCGCGAUCGCGAAUACCUGCUGAUCGAGAACAACGGAACCGAGUUCUGCUACACCAAACCUGGCAGACCUACCGCGAGGGAGGAUCACGUGAGCAUCGCCAACUUUCCCGACCUGUGCGUCUUCGACCCGCCGAUGGCGAUGCACGAGCUCAUGCACGUCCUGGGCUUUCCUGACGAGCAGCAGUAUCCCGGUCGCGAUACCUGGGUCACCAUCUACUGGGACAACGUGAAACCCGAAGCCAAGAGGCACUACCUGCAGCUCAACCGACCCAACGUCACGGACUACGCUAUGCCCUACGACUACCACAGCGUCAUGCAUUUGAGCGAUGAGCGCUACUCGGUGAACGUCGAGCAGCCGACGAUAAAGGCAAAGAUCUUCGGAGUCCUGGUGGGCUCGCCGUACAACAACCUGAGCUUCCAGGACGUCGACAAGAUCAACACGCUCUACGACUGGGAGUGUACCAUCCGGGAGUACAAGGAGUGGUACUGGGGGACAACAUUGUAAAACUUUCAGUCGCAAUAAAGAAAACAAGUGAAGCGA